CGUUCACUUCACCAGCAUUCAGCGGCAGCACAGGGCGCAACCAAAAGCAUGGAGGCGGCGAGGAAGAGCGUGUGCGUGACCGGCGCCGGAGGCUUCAUCGCGUCGUGGCUCGUGAAGCUCCUCCUCUCCAGGGGCCACUUCGCGGUCCGCGGCACCGUGCGCAAUCCUGGUGAUAGCAAGAAUGCUCAUCUCAAGGUACUGGAAGGUGCCGGGGAGAGGUUGCAGCUUCUCAAGGCUGAUUUGUUGGACUACAACAGUGUUGCAUCAGCGGUUGCCGGUUGUGAGGGUGUCUUCCAUGUAGCUAGCCCUGUCCCCUCUGGUCGGUCCUCCAACCCUGAGGCGGAAGUUAUAGCUCCUGCUGUAACUGGCACAACCAAUGUGUUAAAGGCUUGCUGUGAGGCAAAAGUUAGGCGAGUUGUGUUGGUGUCUUCAGUUGCAGCUGUGUUCAGUAAUCCUAACUGGCCUAAGGGCAAGGUCUUUGAUGAAGACAGCUGGUCAGAUGAGGAGUACUGCAGGAAGAAUGAGGAUUGGUAUUACCUUUCCAAAACUCUGGCGGAACGUGAGGCUUUUGCUUAUGCAGCAAAGACGGGGCUGGAUGUUGUAACUAUUUGCCCGUCAUUGGUAAUUGGACCCUUGAUGCAGUCUACAGUAAAUUCGAGCAGUAAAAUCCUCCUCAAUUAUUUCAAAGGAGAUCGUGAGACUGUAGAAAAUAGACUCAGAACUCUAGUGGAUGUUCGUGAUGUUGCUGAUGCUCUUCUUUUGACAUACGAAAAACCAGAGGCGUCUGGACGAUACAUCUGCAGUUCACCUCCAAUAAAAGUUUCUGAUAUGAUAAACAUAUUGAAGAGCUUAUAUCCAACUUACCCUUAUCCCAAAAACUUUGUGGAAGUGGAGGACAACUUGGCAUACAGUUCAGAGAAACUUCAGAAGCUAGGGUGGACCUUCAGGCCUAUAGAAGAAACCCUUCAGGACAGCGUCGAAUCCUACAGAGCAUUUGGCAUCCUGAAUUGAGCGUCCAAUUGUGUGGCCAUUUCGUCCAUUUGUUACUUCCAACCUCUUUCUUAUUUCUGUAAGCAGUGGAACAGAACUUCUAAUCCCCUUCAGAUUCAUGUAAACGGGUGAAACAGAACGUGUUGGCCCCAAAUUAAAUAAGCGAAUCGUGUUCAGCAUCA